CAGCUUUCCUCGCCGCCCCUCCUUGCGAGAACUUGAUUCACCGAGUAUUUGUUGCCCUCAUCCGCCCAUCCGGGUAUUGUGAUUGGUGGGAUGUGUUUGCUUUAGAGUCUCUCAAUAUUCUUCCCGCGCGGAAGAAUCAACUUGGUUUCACAAAAGAUUCAAAUGCCAUGGACAAUGCAGGAAUGCUUGAUCCAAAUCGCCCGAGGAUGCUUUGGGAACGACCUUUUGCCAAGUGGAUCCAGGAAGACUAAACCACACACCAGGGCUUCCGAGUUGGGUUGAGUAUGUGUCUGAAAGCAACAGGAAUGUGAGCUGCAUGACCUGGUAUUUCCAUCAACAAAUCUCUGCAACCAUUGUUAUCACUUCCAUGCCUGUUUGCUUGCAUUCAUAUAGCACUGGCAGGGGCUCUCCUUGUAAAGAUAUAAAGAGCCAGGCAAUUGCUCUAGAGUUAAUAUAUAUUACUCGAGAAUUCUUCACUAGCUGUUUACAUAGAUUACUUUAGUAAGGACAAGCCUUUUCUUCCCAGCCUUCAAUAUGUUAUUUCCAGUUCCUUGGGGGCUUGCUAUCAGCACCUUCUUCAUGCUGCAGUUUACUUUCUCCGCCGCCCUCAAUGGUACAAUUCGAACGUACUACGUCGGGGCAGUGGAGGAGGAUUGGGAUUAUAUGCCUACCGGUAUCGACCUCAUCAAUGGAGUCGAGAUAGACCAGUCUCCACAAGCAGCAACCGUGGCCGCACACAACGGUCAGCGCAUUGGACAUGUGUACACCAAAGCUAUGUUUCGGGAGUUUACAGAUGACACCUUUGCUGUGCAGGCAAGGCGACCACAGUGGCUAGGCAUGCUCGGGCCCGUUAUUCGGGCUGAGGUCGGCGACACAGUCGAGGUCACCUUCAAAAACAUGGCUUCAAACAAUCAUUCUAUACAUCCACAUGGACUUCGUUACAGUAAGCCCAACGAAGGGGUAGCGAUGACAGGGCAAGAAUUCGGUGGCAACUCAGUCCCACCAGGUGAAACGUGGACAUAUACGUGGGAGGUUCCAGAACGCGCUGGCCCGGGGCCUUUAGAUCCGCCAUCCUUGGCCUGGACAUAUCACUCCGACGUCUCCGGUGCACAGGAUAUUUAUAGUGGUUUGGUCGGAGCUAUAAUAGUCUACAGGCCAGGAGAGCUUGCCAAGCAUACACUCGACAAUCCAGCGCCCAGAGGUUCGGACCAGAACGAAGAGGUCCUAACUCUAUUUAUGAUAGUGGAUGAGAAUCUGUCGUUCUACAUUGAUGGGAAUACCUUGAACAGAACUAAUAUACUGCGGGGGGAGCUUCAAGUGAAUCGCUUGGACCUUGGUUUUCAAGAAAGCAAUUUGAAGCAUGCCAUCAACGGUCGAUUAUUCGGAAAUCUUGAGGGAUUAAAUCUUACUGUUGGUCGAGAGGCCCGUUGCAAUCAUUGGGAAACGUCCAAAAUGCCCACACACCGCACUGGCAUGGCAACACUCUUACAUGGGCAGGGCAAAGGCUUGAUGUUUUAUCUGUUUUGCCAGCACAGACAAAAUCCUUAACAAUGACUGUUGAUAACCCAGGAGUGUGGGUUCACCAUUGUCAAGUGCUGAAUCAUCGUAGUAAGGGGAUGAUAGUAAAAUAUCAUGCUGUUGACCAGGA